AGUCAUGGAGAUUUCCUUUAUUUUCAUCGUAUCUGCUUUACUGAUGGGCACAUCGGCCUACAAUCCGUACGAUAAUAUGAUAUGUCUGGACUGCGGGGACCUGUGUCCGGUUCGCAGACGGGGAACCAGUUGCCGCACGGCUCCGAAAAACAUUGCCGCAUGGAAAAGCAGGGAAAGAGGUCUAGCACGGAUAAAUACCACGCAUCUGGUGUGCGUGCCAGACGAUCUCAGGCUCGUGGAAGUGGAUCCCGCCUUCUGUUGCAUUUGGGCCCCGGAAUUCGGCUGCCGUCUGGUGCGAUCCAUCUUGGACGAUCACAUCCAGUGUAGAAGGUGCUACAAUCCGAAAAGGAAACGACGGGGAUAUACCCUAUGCCCCUGUAAAGGAUAUCAGGGAAAGGCCUGCAAUGGACUAUUGGCUUUUGUCAUUAUCAUUCCACAGAUGGCGCGACUUUUAAGCUGAAUAAAAGGGAAAGAGUGCCCCUGCCUUUGCCCUUUUGUGGGUCUCAUUUCCAUCAAAAUAAGGAUACAGAUUGAGGGAGGUUUUUGUAAACCACAAUGUAGGGUUUCUCUAAUGUCUCCUUGCCGAUUGA